UGCUUGUCUGGCUGACUGGCUGCGUUGACGUCAGCGCCGUGUUGAUUUGCUAAGCGGAGAGAAGAAAGGAGUUAGUGCGUGUUGAGAGAGCGGGUACUGCGAACUGCCUUACUAUGCUGUAGCCCCACUCCCCCUAUACUAUACGGAAUCAAAACGUGCAACUUAGGUUUCAUCUUGUUUACAAAGAUAGCUAAAAACACUGCUGAGCGGGAAAGGCAAGCCUCAUGAGUCGGCCUCGUGGAUUGCAUCGAAAUAAUGGAUUUAACUAAAAUGGGUAUGAUCCAGCUCCAGAACCCCAACCACCCCACUGCCCUGCUGCAGAAGGCCAACCAGAUGCGUCUGGCCGGGACUCUGUGUGACGUAGUCAUCAUGGUAGACAGCCAGGAGUUCCACGCACACCGGACUGUGCUAGCCUGCACAAGCAAAAUGUUUGAGAUCCUCUUCCACCGCAGCAGCCAGCAUUACACCCUGGACUUUCUUUCACCAAAGACUUUUCAGCAGAUUUUGGAAUAUGCUUACACUGCCACUCUCCAGGCCAAGGUUGAGGACUUAGAUGACCUUCUGUAUGCAGCAGAGAUCCUGGAGAUUGAAUACUUGGAAGAGCAAUGCCUCAAGAUCCUGGAAACCAUCCAGUCCUCAGAUGAAAAUGAUGUGGAGGUCAAUGUUAAUGACGGGAGCACGGAGGAGGAUGAUGAGCGCAAAGGUCACAAUGGAGCCAAGAACUCCAAAAAGCAUUCCAUGGAGAGUCCCUAUCAGUCAGGUACCCAGCAAGUCUCCAUCAUGGCUGGCAUGUUGGACCAGAGUCCCUCUGUCUCCACCUCCUUUGGAGUCUCCACCCUGAGUCCCACCAAAGCUGCUGUGGACAGCCUGAUGAGCAUCGGCCAGUCUCUGCUCCAGCAGAGCUUUGGGGGUGAACAACUUGUCCAUGGCAACUCACACCACCUGAUGACUGAGAUCAAGACUGAAAUGAUGCAAGUGGACAUGGGUGGCAAUGGCCAUGAGAGCCCUCCCAACAUGGAGUCCAGUGCCUCCAGCAAUGGAGAGCGAAGUGGGGAGGAUAGGAACCGAGAUGGUCCAGGAACACCAACCAGGAGCAGUGUAAUCACCAGUGCGCGCGAACUACAUUACGUCCGCGAUGAAAGCAUGGGUGACCAACAAGCUGAAGUCAGCCAGAUGGGGCUGGAAGCAAUGGCCGGAAUGACGGACAAGCAUCUGGCCUCACUGUACUCCCUACCUGUCAAUCAUAAAUCAGAUGCCAUCAUGUCAAUGCCAGCAUCCAUGGCCUCCGCUCUCCCCAUAUCCCCAGCCCUGGCUAUGUCUAUGGACUUCAGUGCCUAUGGGGGACUCCUGCCUCAGAGCUUCAUCCAGAGAGAAUUCUUCAGCAAGCUCGGGGAGCUGGCAGUGGGCAUGAAACCAGAUGGCAGGAACCAGCAUGAACGUUGCAAUGUUUGUGGUGCAGAACUACCAGAUAACGAAGCUGUGGAGCAGCACAGGAAGAUGCACAGUGGAAUGAAGACCUAUGGCUGUGAACUGUGUGGGAAGAGCUUCCUGGACAGCCUUCGUCUACGGAUGCAUUUGCUGUCUCAUUCAGCUGGUGAGAAGGCCAUAGUUUGUGACCAGUGUGGUGCCCAGUUCCAGACAGAAGAAUCCCUCGAGGCUCACAGGCAGAUCCACACCGGGUCAGACAUGGCCAUCUUCUGUCUGCUUUGUGGGAAGCGUUUCCAGACCCAGACGGCACUGCAGCAGCACAUGGAAGUCCACGCCGGCGUUCGCAGCUACAUUUGCAGUGAAUGCAACCGGACUUUCCCCAGCCAUACUGCACUCAAACGUCACCUACGCUCACACACAGCAGGGGACCACCCAUUUGAGUGUGAGUUCUGCGGGAGCUGCUUCCGAGAUGAGAGUACACUGAAGGGCCACAAACGCAUCCACACCGGAGAGAAGCCCUAUGAAUGUAACGGCUGUGGGAAGAAGUUCAGCCUCAAGCACCAGCUGGAAACCCACUACCGUGUGCACACAGGUGAGAAGCCAUUCGAGUGCAAGCUGUGCCACCAGCGAUCCAGGGACUACUCGGCCAUGAUCAAGCACCUGCGCACCCACAACGGCGCCUCGCCCUACCAAUGCACCAUCUGCCUGGAGUACUGCCCCAGCCUGUCAGCCAUGCAGAAGCACAUGAAAGGCCACAAGCCCGAAGACAUCCCUCCAGACUGGCGCAUAGAGAAGACCUACCUGUACCUCUGCUAUGUCUGAGGCCAGGAGAGUGAAUGAAAAGAGGGAGGGUACGUGUGAGGGUGGGGAGGGGGUUGAGAGGUAAGGGGAAUGUAAUUGAGCGGAUAGGAGACAUGAGCCUGUGGUGAGUGUUGACAAUUUAGGAAUGUCAACAGCAAGAAACUCGAAAGCAAGAGGGUUUGUUUUCUGGAUCUUUUCUUUUCAUGCAAAGGCGGCGACGACUGACGGGUUAAAAGGUUGUUGAUGAUGGGACAAAAGUAUUAACAAGAGGAAGACUUGGACACGGAGAGAAAUUCUCCACCAUUGUUCGGAUUCACCGGGUCAUUCACUACAUCUGCAACUGUGUUAUUGUUUCAGGUCAUUUCAUGCAGCGCCAUAAAGCAAGCAAGCUGCAAGGAAGUGACUUUUGGGAUGCUGCUGCCACAGCGGUGAGAAAGCAGAUUCUCAAGGGCUAUCUUAACCUACACAUUCUUGCCAUCAGGAACCGAAUCUUUCACUCCAUUUAGAAGGAGAGGGGUUCCAAGCUUUUUUUUUGUUCUACUUUGGUAUUGGUUUGUUUACAUUCACCCUGUUUGGUCAUACUAGUUUGGAUCACAUGAAGAAUAUGUGAGUUUGAGCAUCAGUGUAGGCACCCCAGUUCAUCAUAUCAUGGUUUGCUUUCAUAAUAUUGAAGAACUACUGGCUUUCAGAAGCCAAAAUUCUUUUUCUUAUGGCCACAAACCUUCAUAUUAUUGUAGUUAUGAACCAGAACAAGAUCAUCUUGAAGAAGGACUGUGAAUUAUUUUGCAACAGUUUCACCAUGCCAAACGAACUGAAUUAAAGAAACAUAUGCUCUAGAGUUUGAUUAAACUGCUUUGGGUAAACACAGCCCAAAUCCUUUUGAUCCCUAAUGGGAUUUCAACCUGUGCAGUAGACAGAUAUUCCCAGUUUUCACAGAAAUCUGCCAGGGCAGCCUGCCCAUACAUUGCGAUCCUUGAGAUCCCAGCAGUGGCAGUGAGAUAGCCCCUGAGAAUCUGCAGAGGAGCCGUUGGGUGAAUGCAGUAGAUGAAACAGUUCAACUGGAUGAAUGGGAGCACUAAAAUACUGCAAACCAAGCACCUGUUUGGUUGUGAGAGGGUAAGAUGCUAGUGCUGCUUUUUUGUUGGAAGUCCCAGUUUUUUCAGUAGUCUUCCUGGUUCUCCAUGUCUGUCAGAUGAGGACUGGAGAAGGUUGAGUCACCACUGGCCACCCACCAUAAUCCCUGGAGAGCCAAAGGCUUGUGUCACUUUUUCAUCAUAUAUGUUUUUUAGCUCUGCAUCGUAGUUUAUCAUGGCUUGAUUGCACAGGUUAAACAAGUGACGACAACAGUCUCUGUUUGAUGUCUGCAAGUUAUAUAUUUUUUCAUUAAAUAAUAACUGGCUUUUACAGUAUACCACAUUAAACCCAGCCUUUUCACCUACUCAGCAAUAGAUAUACCUGGACUGCUUUUAUCCAUGUACAUUAACCAGAUGACUCCGGUUAUCUCACACUAAUGAUGAACUACACAAACUGACACAUAAACUUUAACACUUUGACCACAACAGAUCGGUUCAUUCACCACAGUGAUUGAAAACAAAAAUGGCUAACGGCUGCUUUCCGUGGGAGUCCUGUGACUUCGACUGCUCAUAGUGAAUGUUGAAGGAGUGCUGGAAAUGCCUUAGCUGCACACCUUAGCAUUUGUCAAAGGUGGUGUGGCAGGUUGAAGACUAUUAUAUGGCAUCAAAAUAUGAAUGUGAAAGACUGUGAGCCAGGUUCAUGCUAGGCUGUGUCAAAAUACAUAGCAGGUUAAUGUUGCCUUUCAUUUGAAGUCAGAACCCUUUAAUCCCCACCUUGGAUGUUGUUAUUACUUUCCCUGCCUUCCAGUGGCUCAGUUUAGAAGACUUUCCCCAUCCAACAUCAAAUGCUGUUCCACAUGCAACAGCUCAUACAUUAGAUAGCUAUCCAGCAGCUGUAAAUGCUAUUUUACAUAUGUGUAAUCGUCCACUACCAACUGAUGUAAUGUGCUGAAACAGAUCACAUAUUGGGGCCGUGAGGUCAUGCAAUCUUCAAAUUCAAACUUUAGUGUACAUUAAGGCAAGGUUGAUUACCGACUGAUUACAGAUUACUAACUGUGCAAGGCGAGAGAGGGAUCUGUGGCCGCAGUUCCCCAGGUGUGUGUCAGUACAUUUUUGUUUGAGAAUAUGCACCACUGGAGUAGAAUGUCAACUGAAAUAAGGACCUUUCAGCGGGCCCUGCGUUAUCUGGUGGUCCUUUCCUGUAUUUCUUUUACAGAUGUGUUUAAAUGGUGCUUAUUCCCAAAUACAUUUGCGCUGGGGCUUUAAGCAAAAUAUCAUUAAGAUGCUCUGUGUACUCUACUGUUUGCAUUGGAUACUUGUGUGCACUAAUGUGCAGAGAGUGGGAGGGAAGAGGGGUCAGUAGGGGUUCUCAGCUAAUUUUUAACCAAAGGCCCCCUUGUUGGUUAAUGUAGGCCUCUCCUUGAGUGUUGUUAAAAUGGGAAAGGUUGUGCAGCAUUUACGGUAUAUGCUCCACUGUUGACAUAACUGCAUCUUGAAAGAAAUGCAACUCUGAAUAUUCUUGCUCAAACUGAAAGGCUUAUUUUGUUGAGUAGGGGGUGGGAAUUUCCGACUUUCUGACUUCUCUGAAAUGCAGCAUUAGACCUAUAUGACUUACGCAGCCACAUGUAUUAUCGUUGGCUGUAAUGAGCAUCACCGCAUGUCACAGCAUUACCAGGGUGAUCACAUAUCCAAAUGGCCGGUGGAAAAGGGGGAAAUAACUGAUAGGAAAAGACACAGCCUAGCAGCUUAGGGGGCGACCAGUAAGAUAACAGAAUAAAUCAACCCUUUCUCUGUGGUUUUGUCCCUGCGCUUUGUCUCGCUCGUCUCCUGUUGUUGUUGCUGUUAAUGUUGUUGUUAUUAUUGACCUUGAGUUUGAUCUCAACACAUCGUACUUGAAUUACCUCGUUUUGUGACCUCAUGUUGCUUGUGUAUUUUAAUUUUCCCUAUUGUUUCAUUUGUACACUUUGUGUUUUGUUUAUGAGUGUAUGUCGAAAAGGUCCAUUGCUUAACAAGAUGAAGCAAUGUGUACACAGAUAAAUUUAAGUGCCACGGUGAAGAGAUUUUUUUUGUUUUUCAAAUGUUGUGUAUUUCUUUGUGCAUUACUUGUUACCAAACUUGGUAUUAUUAACCCCGCUUGUUAAUGAGCCGGAAGGUUUGGUCUUUUGUUAUAAAAGCUACCUCUAAGUUGUUUAAUUUUUUUGGCAAAAGCACAUUUUUUUGUGUUUGUGUUUGCAUUAUUUCAUCGUUGCUACUUCAUCUCAUGCUUCAUUUUUUCAAAAGUUAUGAUUGUCUGUGUUUUAAAGCAAAAUGUAUAUAAAGGGUAAGAGAUAACAAAAGUAGAGAUUGAUAGUAGAGAAGUCAUUCAAAUGGACGUUUAUUCUUCUCUUAUAGUCUCCCCCUGCCCCUCUAACCACAGACGAGCAGACACAAAAAAUAGCAAUUUUGAAGCCUUAAGUAAUGAGUAAGAGAUGCGGCAGAUAAGAGGAAGUACUAUUGCUUUUUAAGAGGGUUUAAAAACAAGAAUUUAAACUUGAAAAUAUGUGAAUAGAAGUGUAGUUUUGUAAUGUGAAAAAAAGAAGGUUCAUCAAAAACGCUGAACCACCCAGGACAGGUCAUAGCUGUAGUGAUGCAGAGUGCGUUGGACAAUUGGAAGUGGUAAUCAAAAAAGAAAAACCAGAAGGUUAAAAAUAGAGAUUCUCUCAGCUGACAAGCUUGCUUGAGAAAUGAGCGUAUUCCUGAACAAGAGCCAAUAGAGGCAAUUUGAUAUAUAAAAAUUGUGAUAUUUUUGUAUUCAGUGUCAGUCCUUUUUCGAUUUGUGGAGGGUUACAGCAGGGCACAAAUAUUUGUAUUUCUUUUUUUUUUACCUGUUUUUUUCUCUCUCUUUGGGUGUGAAUCAUUUAUGCCUUGCUCCUCUUUGAUAUUGUUGGACAAAAAAACGUGUGUGAACAUAUUGUAAUAAUAAGUGUUGCUUUCUGGAUGUCAAUUGCAUUGUAGGGUGAAGGACUAAAUCUAUCCACCACAAAUUUUACGAGUGUAUGUGACAAAAAAAAGAUGCUAAAAUACGGGACAGCAGGGGGGCGCUGCCAUACCGACCAAUUAGUACUUGUCAUUCACAAUUUUUCAAUCAAACUUGACUGUCAGCAUAUUUUUUGUUUUGUAUUUGAAAAAAAAGAAGGGAUGGCAUGUCCCGUGGUGUCUUGCCAUUUUAUUCUUAAACACUGUGAGCUGAGGGUCUUUUGCACCCUCAUGUAAUAUCCACCCACUAUAAUAUACCCAGUCACAGCUCAGUCUGAACCACCACAAUGCAAGACCUGAUCUGUCACAUUAUUCCUAUCAUCGUCCUCUGAAUGUUUUCUACUUUUUCGUGCGGGUGAAAGAGUGCGUAAAAGAGUGUGUAACUAUGUGUGUGUGCGUGUGUGUUAGUGGAAAAAUGCACUAAUCAGAUCAGAUACAAAAUAAAAUGAUAUUCUAUGCCACUUUUUUUCUCUAUGUUGGAAAAAAUAUAUAUAUUCAUUGGCAUCGUUAUAGUUCUUCCCUCAGUGUUCCUCCGAUGUUUCUGUACUAUCUUUGUGCCUAAAAAUGGAAUUUCUUCAACAAAAAUAUCCAUCUAUAUCUGCUUAGUUUCUGUAUUUUCAGAAGAAAAUAAAAAUGGUGUCUCCAGCACCCUAGGGAUGUCAUGACGCUCGAAAAUGACCUGAUUUCUUUUGUUUUUUAAAAUCCUGAAUAGAGCAGGGCUUCUUUUCCAAGGACUGCAAUAAACCCUUAAUGCUAUUGAAAUAGCAACUGGGAUUCUGCAUUCACUUCUUUUCUUAGGCCGUACGCUGUGAUUGGCACCCAAAAGCAUUUAUUUAGCAACACAAAACAAAGCUUAGGGUAAAUUUUACUGGAAUCCAGGCAUGCUGCAGUGGUGAAACUUUCUUUUGGGACAAAAUCUGCUCCAUGAAAUAGUUUUUCUGCAAGCAAUUUAAGCUCCAAGUCGGGUUGGUUCUCCACUCAGAUUGUCUAUUCAGUUUUUUUCUCUUUUUUUAUCAGCAACAGGUUUGCUGAUGUGAACUUUAUAUUGCUCUUGAAAAAAAUAAAAUAAAAAAACCUCCAUUUGGGUAGGUUGGCAAUAGGGUAUUCCCCUUCUGCUUUGUUUCAGUUUUUAAAGUACUUUUUCUUUUCUACAAAAUGCAUUUAGAAGGGGAUGUUAAAUUCGUCAAAGAGGAAUCAUGGCAUCCCUGGAGCUGGCACUCUGUGUUUUGGUGUGGUGUUUCUAGAACAAAGUAGCCAUUUCAUGCAGUGUUGCAAUGCAUGUGCCAUUGAGGUCUAGACUAAAAACUGUUUGAGUAACAAAGCACCAAGACAUUGUAUUUUUUUAUAUUAGCACUGAGGACCAAUUGCCCUGUCGGACCAAGCUUAACAAAGCUUUUUAUGUAACAAAGCUUUUCUCUCUCUGUCUUUCCCUGGCUUGUCUGUGCUACUUCUCUCCUCCAUUGUUGUGACAGCACAAGUGCCAGUCAAGUUGCUCUGUAUUAAGAAAAUAGUGUUUUUAUUAUGAUUUGAAUUGUUAUAGUUUUUGUCUACCUCAGCACCUAAUCUUAGCCUAAUCUUAGAAGGUGCCCAAUUAUUAUUUUUUAUUUUCUUUAUUUUCUUCUCUUAUUGUUGCCAGUUGUAUAAUUUUUUCAAAUUUGCAUUAGAGCUUUGCAAAGGUCCUUUGUCUUUUCCAGCGACAACGUGCUAUUUUUUUCCCGUGGCAGUACGUUUCCUGUUGAGCUGUGCCACCAAUCUAUAGCCACCGUCUGUUGAUAUAGAGGUUGUUCUUUUUUGUUUCUUUCCAUGUAGAAUCAGACACCUCUCUUUGUAACAUUUCAGUGUUCUCUGAUGGAGUGUGAAAAAAAAAUAAAAAGGAAAAAUAAAAGAUUUAAUGCUG